AUGUCAGACGCGGCCGUGGACACCAGCUCCGAGAUCACCACCAAGGACUUAAAGGAGAAGAAGGAAGUUGUGGAGGAGGCGGAGAAUGGGCGAGAGGCACCUGCAAAUGGGAAUGCUAAUGAGGAAAAUGGGGAGCAGGAGGCCGACAACGAGGUAGACGAAGAAGAGGAGGAAGGUGGGGAGGAAGAGGAGGAGGAGGAGGAAGGUGACGGUGAGGAAGAGGAUGGAGAUGAAGAUGAGGAGGCCGAGGCAGCUACGGGCAAACGGGCAGCUGAAGAUGAUGAGGAUGACGAUGUGGAUACCAAGAAGCAGAAGACUGAUGAGGAUGACUAG